GCCGUUUGUUGUAUCCUCGCCCGCAAUAUCGAGCUGUGCUACCUCCCUGUGCGAGGCACUCUUUCGCUGUGCCCCUGUCUGUGCCCCAUGCCGUGACGCGGGGGCGGCGGGGCACGCCAGCUUCUCCGACCUUAACUCCCUCCGCUCGAUAAUUUAACGGCAGCUCGAGAGGGACGCAACAAACAACUUUGCAGCCUUCUACUUCCUUCUGGAUCAAAACCGUCUCUUCCUCACAAUGCCUCAACUCACCUGGCUCAUCACCGGCUGCACCUCCGGCCUCGGCGAGACCUUCGCCCGCGCCAUCCUCGAGCGCGGCGACAAAGUAAUCGCGACCACGCGCGGCGACGUCUCGCGAAUCUCCUCGCUCGCAGAAGCCGGCGCCAAGACGUACAGCCUCGACGUGACCGCGCCCAAGGCCGAGAUCGAGGAGGUGGUCAAGAAGAUCUACGAAGAGCACGGCAUCGACGUCCUCGUCAACAACGCGGGCUACAUCGAGGCGGGCCUGUGCGAAGAAGCCGACCUCGAGAGCUACCAGACCCAAUUCGAGACCAACUUCUUCGGCGUCGUCAAGGUCACCCAGGCCGUGCUGCCCUACUUCCGCAAGAAGCAGGAUGGCACCAUUAUCUUCGUUGGCUCGUCGGGCGGCAUUGGCGGCGAGCCGGGAGCGGGCCCGUACUGCGCCACCAAAUUCGCCCUCGAAGGCUGGUACGACUGCCUGAAGCAAGAGACGGCGCACCUCAACAUCAAGAGCGUCAUCUUCGAGCUGGGCUUCUUCCGCACUAAGAUCAUGGACCCGAACAACAUCAAGUUCCGCUCCAACCCCAUCGCAGACUACGACCCGAUCCGCAACGCGGUCGUGCAGUUCGUGGGCCAGAUGAACGGCAAGCAGCCCGGCGACCCGAAGAAGGCGAUCAACAUCAUGAUCGAUGUCGUCAAGGGCGAGGGCGUCGCGGAGGGCAAGGCGCUUCCGGAGAGGUUGCCGCUUGGGUCCGAUUGCCUGGCGACGCUGCGGAAGAAGAGGGUGAAUGAUCUGGCUAUCUGCAAUGAGUGGGAGGAUGUCAUUCGUAGCACUAAUCAUGACGAGUGAAGGGCGGGGCAUCAUUAGCGUAGCAUGG